CCUAUUGAAACUCCAUCUCAUUUAGCUACUCAACUUUACUACAACUAUCCCGACAUUUACUCUUCCUCAUUACCAACAAGUAUUGCGGCUGACUAUCCUUUGCUGUCCAAGGUGAUAGCCGGAGAAUACAAGAAGGGUGAGCCCUACAGCAAUACUGUCACCCUGAACACUAAAGGUGGCACGAGCUUCCUCUCGUUCGCCAAAACCAACGAGUUCAACAAAGAUCUCUAUGAUGGUGUUGUUGCCCCAACCUUAAAAGCGGACCUUAUUGCCGAGACAUGGCGCCGCGGAUCCGAGGUGCCGCUUGAAUGCUCCCUCACUUACCACACCAACGAUGCCCUAGAAAUACAGGUGGGAGCGACGUCGGAGUUCAAAUACACAAAAGAUCACUCGAAACUGGCUCGAUCGACGGAUUCCACCAAGCCGUGGGUCUGCAUCGGUGACAUCAACCGGAUGACUAGCCAAUACGUUCGCGGUGGCGGCACAACAUGUCUAUCAAGCACGUUUGUCUGGCAGGCAUUCAACGUCAUAAAGGACGAAAAUCGAUGCUGA